UGGAGCCACAGAUGAUGAUUGGUCAGAGGCCGGACUAUCUGGGAUUUAAGAAGGCAGUGGAAGUAAGUACUAUAAUCGACUAAUGCUGCCGUUUGCUUUUCAGACACUAUCUGAUUGGAAGUGUCACACUCCCUAACCUGUGAGGCCUUAGGUGGACGCCGGGUAGUUUGUGGCCGCAUAGACAAAGCUGCUCUCUGGAGAAGGUUGAAGAGACUAGAUUGGGAGUCAACCAGCUAUCUCUAUGGCGGAGCCCAACUUCCCCCCGCUGCCCGGAUUCAUUCCGCUCAGGCCGUGCUUCUACCAGGACUUUGACGAGAUUCCCGACCAGCACCGCAGCCUGUGCAAGAAAAUGUACCACCUGUGGAUGUUGAAUUCUGCGACGCUGGCUGUCAAUCUCAUCGGCUGCUUUGCGUGGAUGUUCGGAGGAGGAGGAGUGACCAACUUUGGCCUGUCCAUCAUUUGGCUGCUCAUGUUUACGCCUUGCUCCUACGUGUGCUGGUUCAGGCCCAUAUACAAGGCUUUCAAGAGUGAUAGCUCCUUCAACUACAUGCUGUUCUUCUUUGUGUUCAUGGCUCAAGUCGGCAUCAGCAUCAUUCAAAGCAUCGGUAUCCCGGGAUGGGGAGUCUGUGGCUGGUUGGCGACCAUCUCUUUCUUCAGCUAUAAUAUAUUGAUAGCUCUGGUCAUGUUGGUUCCGACCAUCAUGUUCACUGCUGUCGCAUCGCUGUCCUUCCUCGCCCUCACAAAGAUCCAUAAUUUCUACCGGGGGAGCGGGGGCAGCAUGUCCAAGGCGCAGGAGGAGUGGACCACGGGAGCCUGGAAGAACCCUCACGUCCAGCAGGCCGCCCAGCAGGCCGUGAUCGGGGCGGCGGGCGGCGCCAUGCAGGAUCAGUACUCGGCCCCGCAGUACAACGACAACCAAAUGUAACCUCCGAGGAGACGUCGGGGGGGAAAGGCCAAAGUUUGAACGACAGCCUCGCCUGGAUAGCAAAGUCUGAAGGAAUGAAUGAUGGCGAUUUGCUCGCACUUCAAAGAAACAUCAGAGGAAUGCGUGUUUGCAAGCUGUUUCAUCAGGUGGCAAACAAAUCUCUCAUAUUGUUGAAUAUUUUAUAUUCUUUCAUGUACUAGUCUUUUUUUUUCUCUCGUUCCUAUUGCAUUUUUUGUUUUUUUAGUAUUUGAUAGCGUUCAUGACGAACUGUGUUAUGACCAAAUAUAUUAGUAUUGUAAGUAUUUAAAUGAUUAGUUAGAUUUUUAUUCAUCCCAGAGUGGGGACAUUAUAUGGUUGCAGUGCAGAUUUUUACAAAUGGUAUUAUAGGUUUUCUUUUUUCAUGUAUUUAUAUGUUACUUCAUUUAAAUGUACAGUACUAGUACUACCGUAUUUCCUUGAAUUGCCACCGGGGCGCUAGUUAAUUUAAAACCUCUUCCCACUCCUGCGCUUACCAAAGGCAUGCGGUAAAAGUAAGCAUGCGCUAAUUAUUUUAAAACCUCUUCUCACUCCGGCACUUACCAAAGGUAUGCAGUAAAAAAUUGAGUGUGAUGUAAGCUUGGACCUUAAAUCCUACUGAAUAGCUCUUAAUCUUCUUCCCUUUAUG